AACAUAACCUAACUACCCCCACAGGUGCCUGGAGGCCGGCGAGGGGGCCAGGAUGGGGGGUGGGGGUGCCUUGCGUGACCUGUGCCUCCACACGGUGCCCUGCGAGGUGUACCAGGUGCUCAUGAAGUACAUAGGCCUAUUGGAAACUCAGGCACCCCAGCACAGUGUGUGUUGUGGCAAGAGUGUGCAGCAGCCUGACCAGCACCAGCAACGGCAGCCACCACCACCACCACCACCACCACCACCAACAGUGACAACAACAAUGACAGCAACAGCAGCAACAACAGAAGCACCACCAGCUACAACAGCAGCAACAGAAGCACCAAAAACAGCAGCAGCAUCACAGCCUGAGGGUGUGUGUGCUGCAGCAGCAGGCAGCCCUGCCCCAGCCCCAACACAAGCCCCAGGCUUGAGGGGAGAGUCUGAGCCACUGUUUGAGAGUGAGGUGGUGGAGGGCAGCUGUUCAAGCCAGGACAUGGCCCUGGCUCUGCCCCUGGGUGGUGCCGGCCUUGGGGGCACACAUGUUGGUGCCGGGACAGAGGGCCGAGCUGCAGGUGCCAGCCAGGGCCAGGAGCAGCUGUCGGAGGUGUUUGGCCUGCUGCCUGAGGCGCUGGGCAAUGCGCUGGCCCGGUCUGCUGCCUCCCAGGCCAGCCAGGAGUCUGUCAGCCUGCUGGCAGAGUGUGGGGCCGUGCUGGGGCCGGGGCGGGCCGAGCAGGACAGCCGGGUGGCGGAGCAGGCUGAGCGGCGGGGUGGUGGUGUGGGCCGGGCCAGGGAGAGGGCCGGGGUGGGCCACCGCACAGCCACUGCAGCCCAGACUGAGGUUGAGAAGGAGAACGUUGGGGGGCCAGCCCCCAGGGAGGCCUCUUGGCCUGCGCCGCAAGGACCCCCAGGCCGCCCGCGCCAGUGCUGGAGGACAUCCUGACCCAGCGGGGUGGCCAGGAGGAGCAGGCCCCCUCACAGAAGGCCUCCCUGCCACCCACAUCCAAGCCAGUGCUCUCCCUGGACACAGGGCGGGGCCGGGGCCAGCGGGGCGAGGCGGCACAGGGCUCCGAGGGGUCUGGGGCAG